AUGCGCCCGUUUAAUCCAAAUAAUCUCCGCGCCUUGCGUACUAUCGCAAAGAACUUGAAGCCGGCAUCAAUCAACCCAUCAACUCGUCAUAUCUCUACGAAGCUCUUUCGCUCUCAACCUCUCACCCGAAGUGCAAUUCCUAAUAUCAAACCACAUAUCAUUUUUCCUUCAACCAUUCGUCACAAUUCCACCUCUCCUCUUACAUCUCAACCCCCCGAAUCGGAAACCGAUGCAGAGCACAAGCGACAAAAUGAGGAGCGCCGCAAAAAUGAAGAAGCAUACCAAAUCACCUUUACCUGCAAACCAUGUGGCAAUCGUUCUACACAUCGCAUGUCGAAACAAGGCUAUCACCGUGGCACAGUCCUGAUCCAGUGUCCUUCGUGUAAGAAUCGCCAUAUGAUGAGUGAUCAUCUGGGAAUCUUCUUCGACGAGGGCACUACGCUGGAAGAUAUUCUGAAGAAGAAGGGUCAAGUGUUGACUCAUGGAAGAAUUGAUGGAAAUAUGGAGUUUUUGGACGAUGGCACUGUCCAGAGGUCGGAGGCAGAGAUCAAGGACAUGGACAACGAGGGCCAACAAUGA